GCGCUGGGUGGGAGGGGUGGAGGCUGCAGGAGAGCGUUGGAUUGUGGGUAUCUUGUGUUUCCUCAUAGAUUCUCACAGUCAGCUGUUGCGCGAAAGUUUUGACAUAUUUUUUCACAACUCGUAUCUUAGUCGUUGUAGAUGUCGAACCCUCCGGGAACAAAUUUCCCCUGGACGUUUUUAACCUUCCAGUAAAUAUAUCCGCCUUGUAAAUAUAUAUUUAUAUAUCAACCUUUUUUUUUUUUUUUUCAAACAACUAUUUACUCAAGAACAACUUUCGGAAUGAGUUCGAACGAGGUCUCCAUGCAGGCUCUGUCCUGGAGAAAGUUGUACUUGAGUCGAGCCAAACUAAAGGCCACCAGCCGCACCUCAGCCCUCCUGUCGGGUUUUGCCAUGGUCGCGGGUCUGGCCGUAAUUCCGCUCGGGUCAGGCAGCGGCGUGUCCGUUGCCAUGGUGGAGGUGCAGCUGGAGCGGGAUUUCACAUAUCCUCCAGGACUGCUGAUCGCCUUCAGUGCCUGCACCACCGUUCUGGUUGCCGUGCAUCUCUUCGCCCUCAUGAUCAGCACCUGCAUCCUGCCCAACCUGGAGGCCGUCAGCAACGUCCACAACCUCAACUCUGUGAACGAGUCUCCGCAUGAGCGCAUGCACCGCUACAUAGAACUGGCCUGGGCCUUCUCCACAGUUAUCGGAACGCUCCUCUUCUUGACGGAGGUGUUGCUCUUGUGCUGGGUGAAGUUCUUACCGCUCCAAAACAAGCCCGAAGAGCAGAGCGGCACCAUAAGUUCCGGCAAGGCGGCGGCCAUCGCCUCCACCUGCAUCAUGGUGCCGUUCGGACUGGUUUUCAUCGUCUUUGCCGUCCACUUUUACCGCACGCUCGUCAGUCACAAAACGGACCGGCAGAUCCGAGAGCUGGAGCAGGUCAUCCGGCUCCAGAACCAGCUCGACGACGGGGUGCCGAAUGAUGACCUGAAGGCUGCUGUUCUUUUCCCGUGAUUGGAAGCAGUGCGCAGCAGCAGCAGGGACUUCAGCAGCAUCCUCGUACAUAUGUCUGUUACAAAAGCUUUAUUUUUCAUGGUCAUAACGUUAGCUCAGACGGUUUCCUUUUGUAAUGAAAAUUUUUCAUCCGGAGAAUGUUUUUGCUCAGUUCUGUCUUAGAUAAUGUGUGUUCGCAGAUAGUGUUUUACGUUUAGGUUGCUGGUAAAUCUUUGGCUUUUAGUUGUUAACGUCAUCACAUUACAUUAUCAGCUUCUGAAAUCUUAGGUCUUGUAGCCAUUUGUUUUGCAAUAUGUUCUUUUCCUUAUUUCACCGGGCCUUGAGUGCUCUGGUUUGUUACAUAGUGUUGACCACGAUUAUAAUUGGUCUUACAUGUUGCUAUUUUCUAUUUCUGAAGGCCAUCAAAAGUCGAUAUUAUGAGGCAAAAUAAUUUUUUACCAAGGAAAUUCAAAGUCUUCUGUGAAACUAAUCAAGGUUAAAAUGCAACACGGCUUUCAGGAAGUAGAAGGCAAAAGAACAGCGGUAAAGUAAAUGUUAGUCUGACACCUUUUCUAUGAUCAGUUUUGCUGCUCUCAUAAAAAGGCAUCAAUGAAUUUGUUACGACAAUAUUUUAAGCCUCUCUGAGUACAAAAAUACUUUGACCCUCCUGUAAAGGAGUAUCAGUAUGCUGGAAUACACUCCACUUUUCAAAGUCACGUAUCCUGCAAACUCACCAAAGGUUGUGGGGUUUGGAGAAAGUGUUAUUGAAUCAUUCUUUUGAAGCAUGACUGUAUUGAAAGUAUUGUUUUGAGGUUUUGCACUUUUCAUACAGUAGUUUACAUGUGUUAGCUUAGUUACACGUUAAGUUGUGGAUGAUUGUGGAACAUAGUUUUUGCUCUUUCAUGGCCUGAGGCACAUAGUUGAAUUAUUUGAAUUGGGUUUGACCACUGUGUGUACAUUAUAAGGCUAGUACAUGGGGUAGUAAACCAUCUGGUAAGAGGAUGUUUUGAAUAUAUAAAUAAGUUGUCACGGAACAUGAAAGGAACACAGCUCAGUUUAGUUCAAUUUCAUAUCACCUUUCAUAUUAACUUCAUAUCAUAUAUGACCUGGAGUCUCCUGGCAACAUAAAUCAGCCUUUGAACUUCAUCCAAGUAGGUCUAGAGAUCAUAACUUUUAGGAUGCAGCAAGCCCCUGAUGAAGGAUGGAAAAAAACAAGUUGAGCCGAGCUGGGUAGGAACAAGAGGAAGCUCUAUUUGGAUUCAGUCUGUCCUCACUAGAUAUCUUUUGGUACUUACAGCGAUAUAAAAAACACACACGAGUACUUGAAAGCUUACAUUUAAUAACAUUGCCAUUACUUCGUCUAGAUUCAACAAAUGUGGAUGCCAAAAAUGUUCAUUUACGUAGACUGUUAAAAAAAGAACAAUGCUAGUAAUGUUGCUCUGGUUGAUUUUUUGUUCUAUUUAUUUAAUCCAGUGUAUACCACUAUGUGCCAAAACACGGUUUGGGUAGCUUUUAAAUAAAUGCUAUGUUGUUACUGUUGCUUAUGUUUGAGUUUAUCGGUCUGAGAAAGAUGACAUGAGCAUGAACAAACAUGUGGCUGUGUACUGUGAAAAUUCCAACAUCAGCUUCUGUUCAUGUAGAUAUGGCUGGAAAUUAAAAGAGGAACAAACACAAAAACAUGGUAAUCUCACAAAAAUAGUAUGUCCGGCUGCAGCAUGAAAUUGAAAACCACAAAUGUGGUUUUUAGUGAACCACCAAUGUCAGGCAUGAGAAUGCCUCAAAGCCAU